AGUAGGUUGAAAGCAGAACCGAGUUAGGAAUCAGUAAGUCUAAGUGGCGAGCUUUCUUUCCCAGACCUUCGCCGCUCAUCUCUCUGCCUGAAUAUGUCCGUCGCCGCACAGCACUUACUACUCCGCUUAUCCUCCGCCGGUCGCCGGAUUCUUCCGCUCCCUAUUUCUGCCCUCUGUCACCGCCCUGCCUUUUCCUCAUCCAUCGGAGGCACCCAACACCUCGACUUCCAUUCGGACGAAUCGUCCUACGAGUCCGACGUCGAGAUCCCUCGAACCCGAACCCGAACCCCGCUCGAAACCGGGUUCGAGACAUGGACCCAGAAGCUGAAACCCGGAUUCACGCCGGCCGACGUCGAAUCCGCCAUCACGGCCCAGUCGGACCCCGACCUCGCCCUCGACAUCUUCCGAUGGACGGCCCAGCAGCGGAACUACAAGCACAACCACGUCACCUACCUCACCAUGAUCAAGACCCUCAUCAACGGGCGCCGCUACCGCCACGCCGAAACCCUAGUUGAAGAGGUCAUCGCCGGCGCCUGCGAGAUGACCGUCCCGCUCUACAAUUCCGUGAUCCGGUUCUGCUGCGGCCGCAAGUUCCUGUUCAAUCGCGCCUUCGACGUGUACAAGAAGAUGCUGAAAUCAGAAGACUGUAAGCCCACGCUCGAGACCUAUGCUCUGCUCUUCAAUUCGCUGCUUAGGAGGUUUAACAAGUUGAAUGUGUGCUAUGUCUAUUUGCACGCUGUGAAAUCCAUGACCAAGCAGAUGAAAGCCUCUGGAGUUAUUCCGGAUACCUUCGUGUUGAACAUGAUCAUCAAAGCUUAUGCCAAGUGCCUGGAAGUUGAUGAGGCGGUUAGGGUGUUUAGAGAAAUGGGCUUGUAUGGAUGUGAGCCGAAUGCUUAUAGUUAUGGGUAUCUGGUGAAAGGGUUGUUUGAGAAGGGGAGGAUAGGGCAGGGUCUAGGGUUUUACAGGGAGAUGAAGAGCAAAGGGCUUGUCCCUGGUGCAAGCACUUACAUGACUGUGAUUUGUAGUCUGGCUAUGGCUCGGAAGCUGGAUGACGCGAUUGGCAUUGUUUCUGAUAUGUUGAGGAAUUCACUCUUUCCGGAUCAAUUGACGUAUAAGACCGUGUUGGAAGGGCUGUGCAGAGAAGGGAGGGCUGGCGAGGCUUUCGAGCUGAUUGAAGAGUGGAGAAAGAUGGAUAAGUUGAUGGGGGAGAGAGUGUACAAGACUCUGUUAAAUGAACUGCAUUUUGUAAGCAGAGAGUAGUAUUCGAUGAGUCGAUUCUGAUGAAUCCUUCCAUCAUUCAGCUGCUCAAGUGGCUUGGUGCUCCGACUUGCUAUUGUGGUUGAUGAGCCUUCGAUCAUUCAGCGGAGCAUUGCAGCAGUUGGAGAAGAAGCUCGUAGAUGUUUCAUGUGUUUGUGCUGUGGUGCAUGCUGCUGGUAUGCUGAGACUAGCUAUAUCAGCAAUCUGCAUAAGAAGUGGUGUUCCUAAUCGCUGACGAGGAGUCUUCUUAGUAACAUUUUGACAGGCUUCCAAAAGAAAGGCGGCUGCCGGCUCAGUUUGCAAAGCAAAGGAGGAUUGAUACACUCGUAUUUAUACAUCUCCAAUAAUUUGGAUGUUUUUGGGCCAUUUUUACCCGUUAACUUAUUCCCCUGGAGUAUUUUCAUGAUAUUCGAAUGCUUCAUGUCCUAGCAUGUUAAGGAAUAAGGAUCGCUUGGAGCAAAGAUCGUUGGCGUAACCUUAAAUUCAUCCAAGAUCCAAGAGGAGUGUACAAUAUUAGCAAGGAGAAGAUGGAUGUUAUCGUGGAUUUGUGUUCUUCUUUCUCUUUGUACACACUCUCUCUAUGUUCUAACUUCUUUAGUUGCUUAGGAGAUGAACUCUAGACUGUAAAUUGAUUUUGUGAUUGAAAGUAAACCAUUGUAGACCUCUAUUCACUAUAUCUAUUGGUUAGAUAUAGAGAAUCACAUUAUUAUGUGGGCCUUUGACUUAAAGAGAGAACUCCAAUCAAGUCAAGGCGAUGACACAUCAAUUAGAGAUAAUCAAUUGUAUGAUCAUAGAGUUGAUUAAAGUUUUGAGUGGUUGAAUUGAUUCGUGACCAUUGAUCCAAGGGCUAGCUUAGGAUUGUUGGCAAUUAAGAAAUAUGGAGAAUGUUU